GAAACUAGAAAGGGUUUUAAUGGCGAGCUUCGACCUGAAGACGAUAGUCAAGGACAAGAGAUUCUGGGCAGCUUCCUUCCUCAUCGCCUGGGCUGCUGGUCUCCAGGGGCACAUGAUGUGGCUGCAGAGGCAAGAUUCAUUUAAGCAAAAGUUCGGAACGAUCGACGAAGAAGACCAGAAAUGAUUCAGCCAUUUAGCUGUUUUUUUUUUUUGUGAGUAUUGUGAGGAUGAUUUGAGAUUUUUUUUUUUUUUUUAAUAUUUCAUCAAAUGUCAUAUGGUUAAGUAAACAUAAGUUGUCUUCUUCAUACUGGCAAUUAGUUUGUGCUUUGGGCAAGACUCCUAAUUGAAUGUGGUCUCUAUGUAAUUUUAAGACCAAGUUUCAAGAACUCGCUUGUUUAA